GAUGGCCUCGCGUCCCUGGCGUCUCGGAGGGUUGGUGUUUUGGGAGGGUUGAACGCUGAAAACAUUCACGGAGGAGCUCGAUGAUGUCAUCUGAAAACUCACUCCCCCAAGUCAAAGGCGCCGAUUUGUUCUCUUCUUUUUUAUUUUCACCCUAGAGUUUCUCCAAUGCGUCGCGGGCCACAGCAGAAAAGGUAGUCAAAUAACGAGGUAGUCAAGUAACUCAAGUAAACUGUAGAUAAGCUUUGCUGUCUAAACGACGCGGGACUAAGGGGGUUUGGCGACUGGACAUAGAACCAAAAACAGCCCCUUUUCUGUGGGCGAGCGGGUCAACUUUUAUUCGAACCCCAAAAAUGAAUCGGAGUUUCAAUAAAUCCCAAUCUUCCCUGCAAUACUUGGACUGCAUCGCGGUUGAAGUGAAAAGCAAGUAUGGAGCAGAGUUCCGGCGGUUCUCCGUGGACCGUUUCAAACCGGGGAAGUUCGAGGACUUCUAUAAGCUCAUCAUGCACGUUCACCGCAUCUCCAACAUGGAGGUCAUGAUUGGCUACGCUGACAUCCACGGAGACCUGCUGCCAAUCAACAACGACGACAACUUCUGCAAGGCGGUGUCUACGGCCCACCCACUGCUCCGGGUCUUCAUACAGAGACAAGAGGAGGUCGACUACAGCAGCUACGGGACCCACUCUCUGACCCGGAAGAAGAAGGCUGUGGUGGCGCUGAGGAACGACGUCAACAGGAAGCGACCUCACAUCCGCAUCGGAAUGCCGCAGGACUUCCGGCCAGUCUCCUCCAUCAUCGAUGUGGACAUCUUGCCGGAGUCCCACCGCCGCGUUCGUCUCUACCGUCACGGCUCUGACAAACCCCUGGGGUUCUACAUCCGGGACGGGACCAGCGUACGGGUGACGCCCCAUGGCCUGGAGAAGGUUCCUGGGAUCUUCAUCUCCCGCAUGGUGCCUGGAGGCCUGGCUGAGAGCACAGGCCUGCUAGCUGUUAAUGACGAGGUCCUGGAGGUCAACGGCAUCGAGGUUACUGGGAAGACACUGGACCAGGUGACUGACAUGAUGAUUGCCAACAGCCACAACCUGAUUGUCACAGUGAAGCCGGUGAACCAGCGGAACAACGUGGUGCGAGCCAGCCGGAUCUCCGGCAGCUCCGGUCAGUCAUCAGACAGCAGCGGUUCCACUGGCUACCCCAGCCUGUCCACCACAGCCAUGGCGACCGGUGCCCACGGCUACGCCGACGAGCUGGAGAGCGACGAGGAGUCAGACAUCGUCAUCGAGAGCAGCCUGAAGCGGCCGUCGCGGCGCUCCAACACAUCAGUGGUGUCUGUGGCAUCAACAUCACGCUCCCACACCCAAGCCCCUCCCCCGGCACCCGUGGAACACCCCAGCCCCCCUACCCGACCUCUCUCUGUGGUUUCCACCGCCUCCUUCCACUCCCAGCCCAGCCUCAAUGGCCUCUCCCACAUGCUGCACAGGGACCUGAACCUCCAGCACCCCCAGUACCAGCCCCACACCCUCCAGCACCACCAUUCCCAGCACCACAGCAGCAACCCAGCCCUCCGGGAGAGCAACGGCAGCCUGCACAAAAUCCUCAGCACCAUGAGGACGGACCCUCGACACAGCCUGGCCCUGCCCCGGGGAGGGGUGGAAGAGGACGGCACCGUCAUCACCCUAUAAUACACACACCUUCACUUUUAUAACGCAGACACACACACUUGGAUGUGAGCUGGAGCAUCCCCUAUCCAGUCCACCAUGAGAAUGAACGUUGUUCCUCAAACCUUCUACUAAUUUUGUUCGUUUUUCUAAGACAAAUAAUCCAGGAAACAAGGAGAGUUUAUUAUGUAUUGUUUGUUUGAAAGUUUUCUAUGUCUUGUAAAUGUCUUGAUGGGAUUCACCUGCUAUUCUUUAGUGACCACUUUUAAUCUGAACCGCCAUCAUUUUGGGACCAACCCUGAGCUUUUGUUUUUAAGAACAAUUAUAUGUCUGUAAAAUGCUGCCUGUCUGUACUGAUUCUCUCUGUAUUUUAACUGGAGAUUCUCAUCAAUCAUCUGUAUCUAUUCCAAUAAAUUAUUCUAAGCUUUAAUGAGAAGUGUUGGAUCAUCACAUGUACUAAAACUCUUACUUCCAUUACCAGCAGUCAUUUAUACCUGGUACGUUUUAAACCGCUAUCAAUGAAUACUUCCUACACUGAAUAUGGGCCUAGUCUAUAUCCUGUUUCCUCUUCUCCACCAGUUCUGUUUGUGAAGCUCCUAAAAUGGACUCCAGGAAGUCAACGUGCUCUUUGGGAAAAAAUACUCUUAUCUUUACUGUUUACUCAAAACACCUCGGCUCAGCUGUGAGCCCUGUUAGUUACAGCAGGCAGGGGGAUGUGAACCCUGUUACAACAGGGAGGGGCAUGUGAACCCUGUUACACCAGGCAGGACUGCUGGAGUGUGAAGAUGAUAACACCUGAAUUUGCGUCUGCUUAACCUCACUCAUUCACUUUCCUACACUAUUGGGCACACACAUUGAGAUCCAUAUUAGGAUCCUGUGGUACUUUCAUUUACAAGCACAAUCUAUCCAUCCAUCCAUGAUAUGGUAAACUUUGAAGUAUAUGGGUUAUGUGGGACACUAAACCAUCCAUCUGUGGUUUGAUAUUUGUAUGGGAUUUUUCUCACCAUUAUUCACAUUGUAGUUCAAAGCUUUUAAGCUGUCAAGGUUUGCACAUGUUUUGUUGUUAAACAGUCUUGUUGUUUCAACUCUUUAAAUUGCCAUGUUAGUACUCCCAGGUUUAACAUAGGAUUAUAACCCUAUUUUGGUUCACAAACAUGUCCUUUUUGUUGCUCUUUCCUUUUCCUCUCACCAAAGGCUGCUCCGGUUACUUUGACAAUGUGGUGUUCUGACCAUAUUGAGGUUAUUCCCUGCAUUUCUUCACUGUGGACAGUCAGUUUAACCCUGUUGAGUAGUGCUAUAAUGUAUUGGUCACUGCCCCCUCCUGGUAGUACCAUCGACUCAGUGUGGGCCCACAUAUUCACACCUAAGAAAUAUUACAGGUUUUAUAUUUAUUACAGAAACGUCUAGAUUUUUUCUGGAAUAAUGUCUAUUGUUUUUUUACUGUCUUUUUAAUGUACAUAAGGAUUUUAUAAUAGUUUUUUACAAGGGAAAACAAUGACCUAUGAACAAGUGAUUCCAUUAGGUAUAAUGGUACGAGGAUAAUUAUGAUUGGGACUAUAUCUGCAUAUCAUGUAAACUGGACUGUUUUUAUUCUAUGUUAUGAUGAUGUACAGAUAUUUCAAUACAUUCUCCACACAUACAUUGGAGAAAAGGUUUGUAAAACACUUGGUGCCUUUUUUUAAAAUUCAUUUUUAGCCCAGAUAUGUACUGAGCACUCAAAUGUAAACAAUAGUUGAAUGGAUAUUAGGGCUUGAUCUGUAAUUGCUCAAUCAUUAUUUAGUAGGCCUAGUUGCUCUUUCAAUGUAGUAAACUAAGUAUAACUUCAACUAAUUCCCACAAUUGAAAUUCAAACCCUUUAUGCAAUUAAUUUGAAAUGUAUUGUGAAUAUUGUGUUCAUAUUAUUUUCUUACUGUUUUUACAUUUUUUGGGAGAGAAUUUUUGGAAAUAAAGGUUUUAACUGUA